CAUUCGCGCUUACUGCUAAAUUCUAAAUCAGCUAAUGUGCUUAUUUUAAACUGUCGUACGUAUUUGAUCGCAUCGCAGUAGCAUAACAAACUUGUUUACUUCCUACACGUAUAUCAGUGGGGCGAUUAUUGAAUUCAUCUCAGUUUGUUUUUAACCGCGGAUUUGUAGAUAUCUAAAGAGCUAUAAGGUGAAAAGUGCCACUAUCUCAAAGAAUUUAGUGAAACACAAAUUAAUUGAGUAUUCUAAAUGACAUCUUUAACUAAAAAUAUAUCGCACUGUAGAAGAUGCGUGUCUGUGAUACCAAAAAGGCAUAUGAAUACAGGAUCAUCAAAUGCAAUAGAUGCUACUAAAAUGCAAACCAAAAAUAUCGUUUUGAGCCAAUGGAAAUUAAUCAACGAAUUGAAAUCCUAUAUUUCCAAGUUCACCGCUGACAAAACUAUUGAAACGGCAUUGAAUAAAGAAUUUGCUCAACUCCUACAAAAUAUCAACGCUAAAUCGUAUGGCAGUGAUCUUGUUCGAUAUUUUAGUUCUAUAAGUGUGGGUAUAUCAAGAAAUUUGGAAAUGACGGAAAUAAAUCAGGACCAAGGCAAGAUAUCCUUACCAAAUAUUUUAAACGAAUUAGUGAAUGGUAAGCCAGAAGAAAAAAAAGAAGUUAUACCGAAAUGGAAAAUUUCCAAAAGGCUUACAUCUAAGGAAACCGUUUUAUCUCAAACAAAUAUCAUAGUAUCUUCAUUAAAUCUCGCAGAAGAUGCACCAGUGAGAUUAUUAAAGAUCGAAGAAUUAAUAGAUCAUCUUAGGCAACAUCCAGAAGAAAAACACAAUGCUGUUAAGGAUGGUGCUAUACGUAUUUUGCUACGUAUUCGUAAAACCACAACCGACCAAAUUGUAUUAGAAGCCGUAAACGAGGCAUUUGCUUUACUGGGACAUACAGACCCCGUCCCGGGGAGCGGUAUCCGCAUUCUGUCCAUCGACGGAGGUGGUGUUAGGGGUAUAUUAGUGAUAGAAAUGCUGCGUAAGUUAGAAGAGCUCACCGGCAAACCAAUAUACAAAAUGUUUGAUUUUAUCUGCGGCGUCAGCACUGGAGCAAUUAUAGCUACACUAAUUGGUUUAAGACAAAACACGUUGGAUGAGACGGCAGAAAUUUAUAAAAAUAUCAGCACACAGAUUUUUUCACAGUCCGCAAUAAAGGGAACGAGCAAUUUGGUUUGGAGUCAUUCCUAUUAUGAUACGGCGUUGUGGGAGAAACUGCUGAAAGCGCAAUGGGACAAUAGAAGCCUCAUAGAAACCCGAAGGAAUUUGGAAGUACCAAAGUUCUGUGCGGUGUCAGCAGUGGUCAAUCAGUCACGUCUGGCAGCGUACGUCUUUAGGAAUUACGCCCUGCCUUAUAAAGUGCAAUCGCAGUACAUAGGAGGGCACAACCACGCCGUUUGGGAAACCGUAAGGGCCUCGGCGGCUGCACCUACCUAUUUCGAAGAGUACAGGAUAGGAAAUAUGCUCCAUCAGGAUGGGGGUAUUUUAGUAAACAAUCCCACAUCUGUUGCUAUUCACGAGGCGAAACUGCUAUGGCCUACGACCCCAAUCCAAUGUAUCGUGUCAUUCGGAACCGGCAGAACCGCCCCCAAUCCCAUAGAUGCUUCCGCCGAGUUGACGACUACCGCAAUCAGUAACUCAUCGUGGAAAAAGAAGUUUCUUGCCAUUUUAGACAGCGCGACCGACACGGAAGGCGUUCAUACGAUGCUGUCGGAUUUGCUCCCUCCCAACGUUUACUACCGUUUCAAUCCCUACCUAACGGAUAUGUUAGAUAUGGCGGAGAUCGACCCGAAUAAACUGGAACAGCUGAAAAGGGACGCGUUGAUGUAUUUGAGGAGGAACGAGGACAAGUUUCAAGACGCGGCGAAAGUUCUAAGUAUGACGAAGUCUCGGACGCAGAAACUAGUAGACUGGUUUAGCCUGCAAAAGGAAAUACACGGUUUUAAAUCGAACAUGGGCUUUUAAAGCUUAACUUUUACGUUUAAGUGCCUUUUUUACAAGCGAUGUAAGUUCUAACAUUAAAAAAUGGGUGAUACUAUUUAUGAAACCACUGUGAUUAGCUUAGAAGUAUAUGUUAUAAACGAUUUUUGUCGUACUUUCUACACAUUGUGAUAAUUUUAUAAAUAUAUUUUUAUAUUAAAAUUUUAA